CUACCUUUGUUUAUAGUAUUUGUCAAAAAGUUGGACAUUAGAUUAACAAAGUCAUUUUAAUAAUUAAGUGCAUAAAAUUAAUGUGCAUUUUUAAUUCUUUCGGAUUUGUAUGCUAAGAAAAUAUCGUGUCAACAAUGACAUCUUUUCAAGAGAGACAAAAGAAUUUGUUCGAACAUUUAAAAGAUGCGGAAGAACAAUAUAGUUUUUGUAAAUCAAAUAAAGCUACAACAACACCAGACGUUGUAAUUGAUAAACGAACAUACAGAAAAGUUAAACAUGAGAUGAAACAGUUUCGUGGCCGCGAAAGUAUAUUCAAAAGACAAGAAGCAAAAAUAGGCGAUUGUUUACGUUCAAAAACAAUCCCUGAUUACAUCAAGAAUCCGAGAAAAUGGACUUAUUACUCACUAUCAGAUGUUACUCCAGAACAAAUGUCUGAUAAAACAAACAUACAAACAGCCUUAACAUUUAUACGUGAAAUGGAAGAAAAAGCUAACAAUAAUAUAGCAGAAGAUAAUGAAAUGAUUAUUGACGAAACAGGGGCCGUUUUCAAGAAACCCACUUUUAAUGUAUCAAAGACUAUAAAACAGGUCUCAGUUGAAAAACCUGAACCUAUUUUCAAAAGUAACAAAAUAAUAAUGCCAGAGUAUGUGAUAGGAAUAUCUGGGAAGCGGCAAAAUACUAAUAAAAAUAAAGAAGCAAAAAGUAAUAAGGAAACAAAACACGUUGAACUAAGACUCAAUCACCUCUAUGAAAACGAAGAUGAUGAUGAAAGUACUUAAUAAAGUAAUAGCAUUAAAUUUUUUAAUAACUAUAGGUUAUAUAAUUAUAAUA